AUGUCGGGUGAGCAACUUUGCCUGGGUCGGAUAAGUAGCAUUGAAAACUACCAGCUUAAUGUCUCCUUGCUGCACGGUGCUAAGGGCCGUGUAAAAAUUACGGACGUCAGCUCUCAAUACAGGACAGCACUUGAGAAACUUGUGUCUGGGGAGACUAACGACAAUGUUAGGAUGUUGAACCAAAUGUUUUACCCUGGACAAAUUGUUCGGUGCUCUGUCAAAGGAGAUGUUAAUGUUGCAGCACCAAGUCCUUCAAGAAAUGUCAUUGAUCUUUCUCUUGACCCGCGCACUGUGAACAGAAAUCUUAUGAUGAGUCAGGUGAAGCCGUAUGUGGCAAUUGUUGGCUCUGUUAGCAGCAUAGAAGAUAAUGGCUACAUAAUUGAUUCUGGGAUUCGUGCUCUUAAUGUUUUUCUUCCCUUCAACAAGACAUCUCUUCCUGAGUCGGAAAGGUUUUCCUUAGGUAGUCUUGUGGAGUUUGUAGUUCAGGAGGCCCCAUUAUCCGGAAAAAGUUCCAGAUUUGUUCAAGCUACUAUGCAAAACGAACAAGUUAUCGUUACUGACCCGCUUCCCUUUGACUGUCUCCUUCCUGGUAUGUGCGUUUCGCUCAAAGUUGUCUCUGCGAGUCAUGAAGGUCUGCAGUGUGUAUUUCAAUCUUACAACGUACUCGUGCCUCCGCAUCAUUGUCCUCUCAAAAGUGAUCACUAUUCGAAGAAGAGUCGAACCACUGGAAAAGCUUCUUUUCUUUUGCGCACUUACUUUGUCUUUCAGGUCACCGCAUGCAUUAUUUUGGUGGACCUUGCAACGAAGGAUAAAGCUAACGCAUUUGAUGGUAGCCCUCCCAAAAACUGGACUGCACACAUUCCUGCAGACGCUCCUAUUAAAUGCCGAGUAAUCGACUUUGAUUUUUUCCUCAACAUGCCCAUUGUGUCCUGCAAACAGCAAGUGUUCGAAUCCAAGUUCCUUUCUUUGGAUGAUGUCAAAGUUGGGACUACUGUUUCGGUCACCGUAAAAAAGUUCACUAAACGGGGUGUUGGGGUUCGUUUGCCCGGGAAAAUUCGUGGUGUUAUUCCCUUCUUGCACCUCUCAGAUGUCGUUGUCAGCGAUCCUCAAUCUCGGUUCGAAAUUGGUAGCAAACUCGACGCAUACGUUCUGGCCGUAGAACCAGAAAAGCAACAGGUUGUACUGACGGCAAAGAAAAGCCUUAUACAUUCAACGGUUCCCAUUUUGGGAAGUUCCAAUAUGCUCAGAGCGUGGGACUCACUGCAGCAGCGAACCGGUGAAAAAGACGAAAAGAACCUGGUCGUCUCAGCUGUUGUCGUGUACGUUUCCGAGAGGGGCGUCCUUGUGUCUGGUGUCAAUAACAUCCGCGGUUGGAUCCCACGGCGCGAAACAUACGCGGAUGACUCUCAGGUUAUUAAUGAGUUGUUUACCAAAGGCGAAACCAUACAGCUACGUGUCCUAAAGCGCCUCACACAAACACCACGGCGAUCCACAAAGCCCUCAUCGGAGUUCCUUCUCUCACAAAUUCUUGACCCCCAAACAACCCCAAGGGAGGCUCCCACCAAACCCACAUCCGUUUCCUUGGGCGACGUCUACUAUUGCCUGGUUAAUCGGUUCAGCGCUGAUGGCCUUAAAGUGGGACUUUAUAAGACUGAUAAAGGAAAUAUUAUUGCCGAGGGUUUCCUGCCCUUUAGUCAACUCUCAGAUAGUUUGGGCACUGCAAGGAUUGCUCGCCAGGCACGGGCGGAGUGUUUCCUGCCGAAAACGACGUUUUCCACCAAUAUAAAUGGCACUCCGACCCGAGUUGUGGUUGUUGACAUUAAUGCCUCAGGAAUCAUCGUGUCAGCGAAAUCAUCUCUCGUCUCAGCCGCUGAAGAGCGUCAGGCAACAAGCUGUGGCUUCCUCCAAAACUUUGAUCAACUCACUGUGGGGAGCCAGUGGCUCGGUUGGGUUGCACACCAUAAGGACUACGGGAUCUUCGUCCAAUUUCCUGGAGGGUUCCGAGGCCUUGCUCCCAUCCGCUACUUGACCGAUAGAAGAGCUCCUGACAGCACUGAUUGGAGUGCCUUGUUUCCACCAGGGGCUACUGUUGAGGCCAAAGUAGUCGAAGUUAAAGAACCAGAGAGGCAGCGUUUUCUCAUCAGUCUCCGCAUGACCGACACCUACACUUGCGCCGCUGCACAGUAUGUCAAAUCAGCUGUCGCACGGGCCCACGAAUACUUAGAUGAAUGUCGGUGGCUCUGCUCUCGUGUGAGCCAUUUGAACCAGCUUUCGUCAUUUUUCAUCGGUGACCUCGUGCAAAUGAAGGUGGAUGGACUGACUGAGGAGUUGGUGACGGGCACAGUGAACGGCGUGCCGGCUGCCGUCCUUCUGCCCAACACCGCCGAGGUUGAGUGUGCCGUCGGCAGAACGUACCCCGCCGUCGUCACUUUGGUCAACCUCGACGCGAGUCUCCUUGAGGUCUCCUUGCUCCCUUGGCUCCUGCGUGGAAUAAAGCAGCGCACCGAGGGGGAGUUUGCGUCGAACGCCAUGAAGGUUCGCGUUGGCCAAACAGUCUCCUCCACUGUGGUCUCAAUCGGGAAUGCGCGCGACGUGGUCGUUGUGGCCCUGAAGCAGCACGCACUCGGCCAUCUGGCGGUCUUACCUGCUCGCCGAAGUUUCAACGACGUCCUCGGCGGCAAUGCGUGGGCCCUUUCCCAAGUCAACCGGGUUACUGUUCGUCGUGAAUUGUCAACAAAUAAGACCAUCACCUCCUUCCUGUGCACUCUCUCAAUCUACGAUCCCUUGACAAACUCGAAGCAAAGCGUCGGGGCACCCAUGACACCGGAGGUGGAAUGCCAGCAGCUCACAAUUGGCACUCGGCUGCCACAAGUUAUUUUCAUCGGUCUGAAGGGCCGCACCGCCUUUUUCCGGCUGCCCGAAACCCGCAAUUCUAGGGACCCCAACCUCCGUGUCUUCUGUCGCCUCGUGGAUCUUGUCCGCACAGCCAAGGAGGCGAGGAAGUUCGUCAAGUCGCCUCCAGAACUCGGCACGGUGUUCGAGGACGCUCUUGUCAUCGGCGAAUCCACCCCUGCGUCAAAGCGCAAAGGCCCAAGGCUUCCGCUCUCCCGUCGUUGCUGUGAGAUCUCCUUCCUUGGUAGGGUUCCUUCACAGGCGUCUAUUUUGCCUUGCUUGAGUCGUCGAUUUUGCCCCCGUACCAUUGUCUUUGUGUGCCCAGGGAAGAAGGAGCUAGAGGUCGGGGAUCUGGUGUGCGGCCAAUUCCUCGGUUCUUCUGGUCUCUGUUGGAAGCUGCUGUUGCCGACCAAUGCCAGAGGUCUUCUCCACGUGUCGUGCAUGUCCAAGUCCUCCACAACCGAUGCUGCCGGUUCGCCUCAAUUCCCCCGCCACCCGAAGCACGGCACCUGGCUCACGUGCCGUCUUGUUGACGAGGUUCACAGCGCGCCGCCAGCUGUCGAGCAACCCUCAGACGACCAAGAAAUGGAAGUGGACGUUAGUGCAGAUGAGGCCGUGGAACCUCUGAUUGCAGCGGGAGAUGAAAUUAUUCCCGUCGGUGAUCACGAAGACAUGUCUCCUGCACCAUUUUCAAAAGCCUUUUAUGUAUCUACUGACGGUGCUGAUAUCAUCGCUUACAACGUCGACGUCGAUGUUCCCAAAUCUUCUUCCUCCUUCAAGCGACGCUUUCGGACUGGGUCGACAGUCGAGAUAAUUAUAACGUCCUUGGAGCCGCUCAGAGGUCGCCUGGUGAGUGAGCCUGAAGACGCGGUUAAGCCAACAGCUGCCGCCAUCGCCGCCUCAGCCUCGAGUCGCAGACGCACUGCGUCAAUGAGCCAGACCGAGGCGGCACUGAGGCUGCCCGCCAAGCGGCGAAGAAGAGGCUCCGUCAGUUGCGGUCUGGCGGAGGACGAGGCAGCCAGUGUCAUGAGUCGGUUCGAAAAAUACCUCCCACCUCAGUCGCCGUCACCGUCUCUAUCCGAUGAUGAUGAUGAUCAGGAUGAGUGCACUGUAUCCGGUGCCCCCGGCGAAGAGUCGACGUCAGGUGUUCGUGAGCGCGCCAUCGACCAGGGCGUCACCUCCCUGUUGACGAGUAUGGAGAGCGAGUCGCGGCUGGCUGCAAUAGCCCAAGCCACCACGGAUGGCGACAGCACCCAAAAACUUCCCCGUCUCUCGUCAGUGGAGGAGUUUGAGGUGGCGGUGAGGAACUCGCCAGGCAACGCCCGACUCUGGACGCUCUACGCGGCGCACCACUUGUCGGCUGGGAACGUCGCCAAGGCGCGAUCGGUGUUGCAGCGCGCCAUGGAAACCGGCGAACGCGCCGUCCUCUCCACCGCGGGUCCCGCCGAGGCUGCCAACUUCACCGGCAGUCUGCUGCAGGCCGCACUCAACCUCGAGAUCGCCGUGGACGAUGGCGGUUGCGAGGGUGGCAAAGACAAACUUGCCGAACUCGAAGCCGUCAUCUCGCGUAUCGAUCAGCUGGACAAGGAGACUUUCACAAAAAAAGCUGUCGAUACCCUCUCUACUGCAGGCCUACACUCUCAAGCAGAAGGACUCGCCAAGAAAUUGGUGAAGCGUCACUCGUUGAAUCCCGAUGCCUGGCUGGUGCUUGUUCGAGCUCGCCUUCGCGCCGGCAAUGUCGUGGCUGCCCGAGAGGCCCAACGGAAUGCCGGUCGCAUCCUCCGUCUUGCGCAAAUUCCACACUUCGCCUUGGGGUCUGCACGCCUAGAGUUUGAAUUUGGCGAUGUGGAUCGAGCGAUUAACCUUGUUGAAGAACAGCUUGCUGCAUCUCCACGAAGGAAGUCGAUUUACGUCAGCUACUUGAAGCUUCUUCUGUCUGCGGGUAGAACCUCCGAUGCGGAAUCUGUCCGUGCUCGAGCUUUGAAAAAUCUGUCAGAAAAGGACCAAGAAGCUAUAAAUAAACUCUUUUAA